ACAACAACAAACCUUUCACAGGUUUCUUGUUUCCUUUAGGCUGUGCUGUUCAUUAUCUAAUAUAUCUAUUUCAAUAACAACCAGCUAAAUGUCGGGAUACACUUAAUAAUUACAUUGAAGGAGAACAGUUCCAGUCAUGAAAUUUGCAGAGCAUCUUCGAGCUCAUCUUACACCAGAAUGGCAGAAGCAAUAUAUUCAGUACCCGGAUAUGAAGACCAUGUUAUAUGAGGCACGGGAACAGGCACCGUCAGCUGAAGUAACAGACAACAGUACAAUACAGAGAUUUUUUGCUCGUUUUGAUGAAAGGUUUUUCCAGUUUUGUGAUGCUGAACUCAGUAAAAUUAAUACAUUUUUUCUCGAAAAACUUUCAGAAGCCAACAGAAAAUAUGCCAAUUUGAAAUCAGAACUCAACGUUUAUUUGGAUCAUGAUACUAAGCAUUCCCAUUCUAUUUCUUCCUUACGUCGACGUCGAGCUAGUGUGUAUGGACUAUUUAAAGAUAAAGAAACACAGGGCAUAGUUCACACGCCAAGACUUCAUGAUUUAAAAUUAGCUUUCAGUGAAUUUUAUCUCAGUCUUAUUUUACUGCAGAAUUAUCAGACGUUAAAUUUCGAGGGAUUCCGAAAAAUUCUUAAGAAGAGAGACAAGUUGAUGCAGACUAAUCAUGGCGCAGAAUGGAGACAAGCUCAUGUUGAAACGGCACCUUUCUAUACAAACAAAGAAGUUGAUCAUCUUAUUAAAGAUACUGAGCAAAGUGUUACAUCAGAGUUAGAAGGUGGAAAUCGACAGAAAGCCAUGAAAAGACUUCGUGUUCCACCAUUGGGGGAUCAGCAAAAACCAUGGACCAAUUUUCGAGUUGGAUUAUACUUAGGGAUGUUUGCAAUUCUUACCAUAGUUAUUGUUGUAGCUGCCGUUUUCAUUGAUCAUUCAAAAGAUUGGGAACCAGCUCUUCGUAUGUACCGAGGAAUGUUCUUACUCAUUUUUGACCUCUUUCUCUUGGGUGUCAACACAUAUGGUUGGAGGUCAUCAGGGGUCAAUCAUGUUUUAAUUUUUGAAAUUGAUCCAAGGCAUCACUUGUCUCAUGCACAAUUAUUAGAGUUGGCAUCAUUUUUAGCCGUGUUAUGGGCGGUCAGUGUUCUAGGUUAUUUGUUUAGUGAUUUUUUGUACAUACCACCAAUGGCUCAUCCACUCACCAUGGCUGUGUUUUUACUACUUUACCUCAUCAAUCCAUUUAAAAUAUUUCAUUAUAGGGCGAGGAUGUGGUUACUUCGUGUAUUAUUUAGAAUUUUCACUGCACCCUUUCAUCAUGUUGGUUUCGCUGAUUUCUGGCUAGCUGAUCAGUUAAAUAGUUUGGUAACAGUUCUAUUAGAUUUUGAAUAUCUGGUUUGUUAUUUCGGUUUUGAAGUGGAUUGGAUUGGUGAAAACCGACCAUCAGUUUGUACCAAAAAUAUAUAUGGUAUCCGAUCUGUGGUUGGUUGUUUGCCAGCAUGGUUUCGUUUUGCCCAGUGUCUUAGACGUUAUCGAGAUACCAAACUAAUUUUCCCACACAUAGUCAACGCUGGAAAAUAUUCAACGACGUUCUUUGUUAUGUUAUUUUCUACCAUAUACAAAGUACAAAAAGAGACAUAUGGUGAUAGUUUUAGACAGACCAGCGUUUUCUAUUAUUUAUGGAUAGUAUCAGCAAUAAUGAGUUCAUGUUACACAUAUACAUGGGAUAUAAAAAUGGAUUGGGGGCUGUUUGAUAAAAAUGCUGGAGAAAAUAAAUUUCUUCGAGAAGAAAUUGUUUAUGCUUUUAAGGCAUAUUAUUAUUUUGCAAUUGUAGAAGAUUUCAUAUUGAGAUUUACUUGGUCGUUAACAGUAUCAAUAGGAGAAGGAUUAUUUUUUCAUAAUGAAAUAUUAACGACUUUAUUAGCUUCGUUUGAAGUAUUUAGACGUUUUGUAUGGAAUUUUUUCCGUUUAGAGAAUGAACAUUUGAACAAUUGUGGUCAAUUUCGAGCUGUUAGAGAUAUAUCAAUUGGGCCGAUUGAUUCGAAUAAUGAGAUGCAGCUUAUAGAAAUGAUGGAUGAUCCAGAUGGUGCCGAUUCCAGAUUAAGAGAAAAGCGGAGACAAUAUGGAAAAUCAAAGAAAGAAUCUAGGUUGUGGAUAGAUGAUGAUGAAGAAAAGGUGCCUUUAAUGGAAGCCAAAAUGAAAGGCCUUUAAUUUAAACAAUGAAUUCCGUCAGGAACUAUAAUCAAAAUACAUGUCAAAAUUAUAUGUUAAUAUUUCAUUAUAUCCCAUCAUAAUACUUACAAUGAUCUCUCCAGUUGUCAUUUAACAUAUUUUUUGUUGUUUUUAUUUUUUUAAGGCUGAGAUAUAUAUAGUUUAUUCAGUUUUAAAUGACACUAAAAAACACAACUUUAUGGAUUCACUCAUUCUUAGUUUAUUUCAUGCAACAUGUCUGUACUCUUAAAGGUAUCUUUAUCAAGCAAACAUUGCAUAGAAUAAACUAAUAUUAGUAAUAAUAAUAAUAAAUCCAUAAAGUUUUGUUAAUGUUAUACCUCUGCUUCUAAAUGUCAUUUAAGGAUAUGGCACUAUAUAUUAUUAAUCUUGAUGCUAGAAGAAUAUUUGAAGAGCUUUCUUCCAAAACAUUAUAUGCUUAUUUCUGACUUUGGUAUAAAAACAGUCAAUGAUAUCAUUUCAAUGAUAUGAUAAUGUGAAAAGGAUAAAUGGCAAUAAUUGUAUUUCAAUGUUAUUAAAACAAUUUGAACUGUGUCAAAUAAAUGUAAUAUUUAUCUGAGAUAGAUGCAAAGAAUCAAAUAUUGGUUUUGAUAUAGGAAAGCUCUAUAUUUUUCAAUGUAUUGAAAAAUAUUCAUUAUCGACAUUGGUUGAAGGUGCUGGGUGAGGUUUUUUGGGAGGAUUUUGCAUUUAGCAAGCAGACUAAAUAAAUUUUAACAGAUACCUUGCGGAACCUCAACAGUAUGUGAAUUUGCCAUGAAAUGAGCAUAAAGACCUACAUCUGUUAGAAAAAUAUGAGAUAAUGUUGGAAUGUAAUUUAUUACAAAGGUUCAGGUACAUCAUACAUUCCCUUCUUCAGCUAAUAGAACUUUGUACGAGUGCAAAAAUUAAGUGAUCCAAAAAAUAAAAAGUUAGAUUAUAUGUUUUUUAAAGCUCUCAUAAAUAAUUCUAAUCUUUCCAUUUUUUUUUUUUUAUGUCAAAACAUCAAACUUUGUGUUUUAACUCAUUUUGACCAUGAAAUUCAUUUAAAAAGUAAAUUUUAAUCAACACAUUUACCAUGUGAAAUACAUAAUUAAUUACCAAAGGUAGGUGACUGACUAGAAAAAAAAAUUGUUGUAAAAAUGAGUUUUUGCACUACAUUUACAAUUUGCAUCAAUAUUCCAGUUAUUAAUUAUUAAAGUUCAUAUACGUAUAUGUACAUAAGAUUUAAACAUGUAUAUAAUUAUUUUAGAGGGGCUGAACCUCUUUGAUUUAGGCCAAAAAAAGGUAUUGAAUUGGAUGGAUUGAUUUUUAAAAAUGUAUGAAAGAUUAAAUUGAUGACAGUUUGUUGACUAAUUUUUGUUUAAAUUUGGUUUGCUGUGUCAAAAGUGGAACACAUUAUCAGUUAUAUCUCUACAUUUGAUUUAUCUAUAAACAUACAAAGGCACCAUUUUGUCCUCCUAAAAAAAACCUCAUUAAAUCCAAUAGAAUCAACUAUUUUAUUUUGGACCCAAAUCAAAGCGGUCCAGCCAUUUCAGUAUAUAAAAUAAUAUGUUAAAGAAAAUAAUUUUUAUGUAUGAUGUAUAUAUAAUGAUAUUAUUAGGCUAUCUAUUUGACAUUUUGUCUCAUAUUACAUACAGAGAUAAAAAAUGCUUUACAUAUGUUCAAAUUUUUUUAUAGAGUGCUCAAUUGUGUCUACUCAAUAAUCCCCAUCUUACCUCUCAACUAUUCAGAAUUUAGGGCCCCUUUAUAACAUAUGUAACUGGCCCUGGAAAUACGCAUAAAGUGUAUACGUGUAGGUACCAGUUUGUCAAGACCAAUAUUGCUUGCAGUCAAAAUGAAAGGGAAAGUAGCCUAGUACAUUGGUGCAACCAAGAAAAUUGUAAUUUAUAGGGCCUAUAGAAGUUCUAGACCUUCAAUUUUUUUUAAAAAAUCAUUCUUAAUUUUAAAAUAUAUGUGCUCAAUUAUAUAUUGUUGUCACCCCUUUUCAUGAUUGUUAUUCUAGUCUGAAGGAGAAAUCCUAUCAAAAUGCGCAUAAAUUCUAAUUCUUGCUUAGUUAUUGACCCUGAAAACUUGUAAGUGACACUUCAAAAUGCUACUAGUGGGUGCAUAUUUAAGUAUUUGCAUAUUAAGUUACAUAUUAUAUCACCACAACUUGAAAAUACCCAAAGUUUUUUUUGUUGAUAACAAUUUCUGAUUGUUAUCCAAAGCCUUUUGUUGAUUACAAUAUCUGAAAGUUACAUAUUAUAUCACCAUCGCUGGAAAAUACCCAAAGCUUUUUGUUGAUUACAAUAUCUGAUUGUUAAUUUCUAGUGCUCACAUUAUGAGUGCUGAUUUGAAUAAUCUUAAGUCAUUAUUUGAAUACUAUUAGAAUAUUAAUUUCUGUUGAAAUGAUAAAUUUUUGGUUCUAUGAACUGUAAACUUUGAAAAACUAUUUGAAAUUCAAAUAUUCAUGUGAGCUCUACUAAUUUCCGUUUGAAAGGGCUAUAGAUGUUUGGUGCAAUUUGUCUGUUAUUUACUUCUAGAAUGAUUUGUAUCUCAAUCUUUCAUUUGUUGUUUCUUUUUUGUUGUUCAGAACCUUUGGCAAGACCAAGGGAUAGGGAUUCACUUUAAUGGCAGUUGUUCUAAAAUGCAUUUCAGAGGGAAUCUUUUUUGACUUUGUAUAUUAUUAAACAAAAAUAUGUAAAUUAUGUUACAUACUAUAUGUCCUUACCUUUAAUUCGUGGGUGUAUGAUUAUAAUGCUAACUGGUAUGUGUUCUCAUCUCCAUAUAUUUCAAUUUAAUAGGAAUAAUAGAAAACAAUAUGAAAUUUAAUGUUUAAUUUAAAAUUUGAACACAUCUUUGCAAGAUGGUUAUAAUUAUCACUUAAUUAAAUCUGCAUUGAUUUUGGCACUUUACUUCCUGCAAGUUCCAUAUAUAAGUAUGAUUUAAGUUCUAGGGGCAGAUCCAGGAAUUUUUGUAGGAGGGGGUUCGCCAGAUUCCUGGGACAGUGUAUCUUUUUUUUGGGCGGGGGGGGGCGGGGGGGGUGUCUCUCCCCCUGACCUUGAAAAUUUUUGGGAAUUACAUGGUCUCUUUCGUCAUUUUGGGGUAACCAGAUAUCACUUUGACAAAACACAGAAACUGAGAUUUUACAUAAGUACAUGUACCUACUACACUAUGUUUUAGUUUUAUGAUAUGCAAUAAAAUCAGUUCUGCAUGAUUUUGACAGAAAUCUUUAAGAAAGCAAAAUAUAGAAAAACAAAAUCUGACCGCGACUGUGUCAAACACCAAAAUAUCAAGAAAAUUCACCACAUGAACUAUUUGUUUAUUUAUUUCCAAUACGCUGGGGCACAGAUAACUUGACAAGAGCCUAAAAGUAAAAUAGAGUUUUGCGCAAUUAUGACUCAAAAUAUAAUGGGGAGAAUAAGUGGUAUGGAUGUUUUUUGAUGAAUGCAAAGCAUUAAAGCGGUGGACGCAAUAGCCGAAUGAUUCGGCCGAAUCAAUUGCCGUUGAAAUUCGCCUAUUGUGUCCACUGUCUAUUUGCCGCAUUUAUAUUCGGCCGAAUGAUUCGCCCAAAUCAAAUAUGUUUGUCCGCUUCGCUGAAGCAUUCACCCAAUUGUAGAAUUCAUUAACCAAUUACCACUCAUCAUCCACUCUUGUCGAGAAGUCACGUGAUUGUUUGAAGACAUGGUUGCCGCCAUUUUUGAUCAUGUGACGCGAAAGGUGAUGCAAUCGCCUGGUGAAAUGGGCAAAGAAUUCACCUAGUGUGUCCACCCAUUAGGCCAAAUAAAAUUUGUCGCCGAUUGAUUCGGUCGAAUAAUUCGGCUAAUAUGUCCACUGCUUAAUUGUGAUAUCACAUAUGUCUAUAUCAUUAUCUCCCACUUUGAAUGCCCAUCCUAUCCCACCAUAUGAUAAAGGAUAAAGCACGCGACCGUGACACUUUUGUCAUAAAACCACAGGCACUUGAAGGGUUAAAAUAUUUAUAUUUUAAUCCCUUCAAGUGCUAUAAUAUAUAGUCAAGCAUUAGUAAGAAGUAUUAUUUUAAAUUUUAAUCCCUUCAAGUGCCUGUGUGUAAAACAUUUUGUUUUACAAUUUUUUUUUAUGUAGCUGAGUGGGGGGACCCCCAAACUCCCUCUCCGGAUCCGCCCCUGAGUUCCAUUUUGCAGAUAAGUGUGCUACUUGCUAUAUAGACAUGAUUUUUAUUUUUAAUCUUCUGCUUUGUUUAUAAAAGAUCAUCUGUUAUAGGGCAGAAGAGUAUUGCAACCAAAAAUUGCAGAGCCAUAUAUUUGUAUUUGCUCUAUUGCAAUAUCUCAAAAUGAACAGAAGGCAUGUGAAGUAACUACAUCUACCCAAAGACAAUAUUCUAAAAAGAGUUUGUCAUGUUGUCUUUUUCAACAAAAAAAAAUUAAAUCAUUUUUUAAUGUGUAAUGUAUAAUUAUACCAUGUAAAUAUACGAUGAUGUAAAAUCUA